AUGUCAUUUCCAUUCUUCUAUAGGUACUAAUAUUUGUGUUGUUGUUAAUACUAGUCAAAUGAUGUUACGUUCGCUUGAAUGUUUUUUGUACUUAACUGUCCCAACUACUUGUGAAAAUAAGUAAGAAAGUCGCAUUCAAAGAGGAGUCAUCCUCUUUUCACUAACGGGAUGAAUACAGUUCAGCACAGUCUUUCAUGAAAACAAGUACGAUGAUUUAUAUAUUUCAUUGUUAUAUAUUAAUCAUGGUCUGUGAUAUACUUCGGUACAUUGAACACGUUAGGCCGUCAUUGGAGGUGUGCUUCGAUUCCACGAUAAUCAAAUAAACCACUGAUGUGAUAAGUGAAACCCCUGCAAAUCAAUGAUACUAACGUCCAAUGGGAAGAUGAUGCUGUUCAGAGCCCUGUAAAUGCGAUGUCAAAUGGGAUGAGUAGACUAUUGUGACUGCAAGGAGUUAUCUGCAUGCAAAACGCUCAAGGUAUAGUAAUGAAGGAGCUAACACACAGAAUAAUAGCAGCACUCGGAACCUAGAAUAUACCGUAAACAUAGUGAUUAUUGGUAUCCGUGAAGUGGGAGGUCAUAGGUUAGCAGUGGUGGAAAAUGAGAAUUAAACUGUCACUCAUCAUUACCUGAGCAACCAGGAGUGAAAAACAAGAACAUUCGUUCUGGCAGUUUGAUUGAUUUUAUUGCAUCCCGUAUGGCUACAGGUGAAAUUGCCAAACUAACUGGUAUCAUUGCUCACCUUUGGAAUGUAAUCAUCAUUUAUUCUGUUACUGAACACAUUCUGAUUGGAAAGGGGCACAAUCCCAAAGCUGAUCAUUCUAUCCUGAUAAACUUUCAUCUGCGGCAGGAAAUAUUGACAACAUACAUGUUUGAUGAAAGUUCUUGCGUACAUUUGAAAUCCCUAUAGUUAGAAGGAGUCAAACAUACAUUCUGUUUGAUGUAAGACUACAUGACAUUACACACACCAAUUUUUUAUCAGUUUCAGUCAGUCAUUUUAUGUGUAAAAUCAGACUUAUUCUGUUUGUUUAAUUUCGUGAACUACGUGAAAAGUCGAAAUGGGUGGAACAUCAAAGAGUAAAAAGCCUGGAGCUGUUUCUGCAGAUGUCUGUUAUCUAAGGUACUGGAUUUUGACGAGUUUAAUGGUUCUGUUGACAAUAAUUGUUACACUGUAUGCAGCAACAGUACCGAGUCUCCGAGAACUGUGCGAAGGAAUUAAUCUACCAAUUGCACUCUUUGUACUCGGUACAAUCCCCAUGGGAGUGUUUCUUCUUGCUAAGAACGUUCAACAAGUGUUUCCACUGAAUUAUGUUCUCGUGAUACUUGCAAUUCAACAAAUACAAUAAUUCAAAGAAAGAGAUGUCUGUCCCCUCACUUUUGCCUAGCAGACUAUUUUCAUAAUUUAGUGCUGUUGUCGAAAACUCGUACAUCAGCGGGUUUGCUUUCAGUCUUCAUAUUGCUGAUUUUGGGGAACGAUUAGAUGAGCGAAAAAGCUUUCUGAUAAGAAGUGUAUGUACAGCCUAACUAAUAGAAAUC